GGUAAAUAUAAUUUUAUUCUAAAGUAUUAUUCAAUCAGUUACUUCCUUUCCUUCUUUCGAUUAUUAUUACGUUCGAAAAUAACCUAACAUUUUCGCCAAACACCUAACGUACGUGUAACUAAAAUUUCAUGAUAUCACACAUCUUUUUAUAUAACACAAAGAUAGUAUAGUAAAUUGAAUAAAAUAAUUGAAACAUUGAAAUAAAAGUAAACGUCCUCCUAACCAAAUAAAAUAACGUAGACUUCAAUUACGGUAUCUCCACGAAUCUAAUCCAUGCAAACAAUCGAUAGAAACAAGAGUAACUCUCUAACCAAAACACGAUUAGCUUCUUCAAUAAUUCAAAACAUACGACGUCGAAUUGAAUAUAUCGAGCUCAGACGAAUGCUACAUUAAAAUCACCGAUCCGCGACCACCGAGAACGUUCCAAAAAUAACCUCUCAACCGACCUAACCUCUAACGCCGUCCGUCCCUCUCCCUUCUCCCCAAUAUCAAAUCAACGACCGUACGAAAGGAUUGUUCGCGGAAGAACGACGCGUGAACGACGAUCGAACGGAAUUCGAAUUUUUCCGUGGUCUGGUCUAAAUGCAUACGGGCCUGCGCAAGAAACGCUAUCGAAAUAUCCGCCGCGAGAGGCGCGGCGUCGCGACGCUCGCAUGUGCCGCAGAUUAUGCCGCAUUGCCACAAGCGUACGGCACCGGUCGGCCGACGAUCGCGUCGUCGAGACAAAGCUCGAAAAAUUAAGCGAAUGAGCCGAUCGCGAAUAGGUUAAGAGCGAGACGACCUCGCGAUGCGACGUCGCGGACGUCGUCGACGAAGCAGUUGGUGAGAAAGGGACAUCGUGGAGGAACAACGAGGACGGAAAACGAAGAAUAACCAAAGGACGCAACGCAAGAAGGAGACGGUUUACUUUCUAGUAACUGUAUAAUUAUCGACUCACCCAAGGCAGAAGCAAUCCACAGGACCAUGAACGUUCGACGACUGCCCGGUUUCAUGUACCACUACAAGGUGGUCACGGUGCUCCUCUUCUCGAUCAUGCUCCUUGUCAUCUAUCUACUCCUUCACUGGGGUAUUAUGUGCACGAACUUCGAGGCCUGGCGUCACGUAUCCAACGUGUGCAGCACGCACAAAAAGGGGGCUGCAAUAGGAAUUCUCUGCGACCCGCUAUGCGCAGAAAAAGGGAUUCACUCGCUUGCAUGCGAAACGCUGCACGCUGGCAAGGAAGCGGUCUUCUCGGCCCACUGGGAGACAACUCGACUCGUAUUCAAGGCUUCCAGAACGAAGACCCCGCCGGAGCAGUUCGAGUCGCUAUUCUGGAUGGACGCGGCUGGCACGAAGCACUACCCAUCCGAGACGGACUUCAACACCAUGAUCAAAGAUCUGGUCGUUAGCAAGCUGAACGUGACGCUGUCGCAGCAUCAAUUAGAGAGGCUUGCGCGACUUCGUACGCAUCGCGUCGAGACCGAGCCCAGAAGGCGACAGCUCGAGAUGGAAAAUCUCUGGCCGCUGUUGCAGGAGAACGAGUACCUGAUGAGCAUCCUGUACGAGGACAGGGACAUUUUUCCGCAACUGAUUGGCACAUGCGGAACCUUCUACGCGGUCGAGUACGUCCGACCUAUAGAAACACCCACGACAGUCCUCGCGCUGUCCGAUUCGAAACCGGAAUGGGCGAAACGAUUGAAGCUGGCCGUGAUGAUCCUGGACCUGCUCGAAGAACUCGACACCAACUUCCCGGAGCCGAUCCAUCUCUGCGAUGUGAAGAUAAACCAUUUCGGUCUGCCCCUCGGCGGACAGAAGCUCAAGUUCCUCGACCUGGACGCGGUAUUUCCUAAAACGAUUAUCAGUCGUAUCACUGCGGACAGCAAGAGCUGCGAGAGGCACGAGGACUGCGACUACUUCGACUGCAGGUCCUUUUGCUCCAAGGAUAAACGAUGCGAGUCACCGGUCGCCAAUAAUAACUUACAGGUCGUCUGCGAGAAGAUAUUUCUCGGCUGGACACUCUCAGGGACUAUCAUAAUUCCUGGCCUACUCAUGUCGGAGCACACCACCAGCGCACUGGCCGUUCUUCUGCGGCAAUGUGCGAACCCAGCCGGCGAUAUCGAACAUUUACCACGUGCUGCAGUGUCAGACAAUUUGAAGACACGGCUCUACAAUAUGCUGCACGAAAUGGAACAAGAGUUCUCUGCUUCCGUCUAAAUACGUUUAAGUUCGAGCACUAAGUGAUCGAGAGAAUCCAAAGGGUCCUAAUUUAUGAGCAGAUAUAUUUUAAAGGGAAGCAAAGUGACUGUUCGAAAUUUGUGAAAUUUUUACUGCGAACAAGCACCAUAAAAUGGAGACUUAAAUCGAGAGAGCAGGAAAAAAUGUAAUCUAUGGGUUUCUUGGAAAAUUUCUAACAGGGAAAACGUUAUUCACGUGGAAAUUUUUGUUUCAAUAAGACAGUUCGAUUAAUUUCAUGGGAAUUUUUCAAGAAACUCGCGUGAUAUCUAACAUUUUAAGAUAUGUUGUACGAUUUUAAAAGAAACGAGAAAAUUCGGAUUAUAUUUAAUAUUUAUUUCUAGAAUUUAUUGAUUUAACGAUUCUAAUUUAAUCUACUACUUGUAAAAUACGAAACUAUAUAAUGAAACU